UUCAGACAACCGAAGAUGGCCAACCGGACGGUGAAGGACGCCAAGAACGUGCACGGUACGAACCCGCAGUAUCUGAUCGAGAAAAUCAUCCGCUCCCGAAUCUACGACUCGAAGUACUGGAAGGAGCAAUGCUUCGCGCUUACCGCGGAGCUGCUCGUCGACAAAGCGAUGGAACUGCGGUUCGUCGGUGGCGUGUUCGGGGGCAACAUUAAGCCGACGCCGUUCCUCUGCCUCACCCUGAAGAUGCUACAGAUUCAACCCGAAAAGGACAUUGUGGUGGAGUUUAUCAAGAACGAGGAGUUCAAGUACGUGCGCGCACUCGGGGCGUUCUAUCUGCGGCUCACGGGGUCGUCGCUCGAUUGCUACAAGUACCUGGAACCGUUGUACAACGACAACCGCAAGCUGCGCAAGCAAAACCGGAUGGGCGCGUACGAGCUGAUCCACAUGGACGAGUUCAUCGAUGAGUUGCUGCGCGACGAACGCGUGUGUGACAUUAUUUUGCCCCGCAUCCAAAAACGCUACGUGCUCGAGGAAACCAACGACCUGGAACCGAAAGUGUCGGCCCUCGAGGACGAUCUGGACGAGGAGAUGCCCAGCGAGGACGAGGCCGCCGACGAUGUGCCUGCCCCGCCACUGGCCAAGGAGAAAAAGCUGGAGGUGAUCAAAGUUAAGGGCAGCAAAGGUGGCGGCCGGGGUGAUCGGUCGCUUUCGCGCGAGAGGCCACCCAUCGAUCGGUAUCGUGGUGGUGGCGGUGACCACGGAGCUAAUUAUCGCGAUCGGGAGAAAGAUCGAGACGGGCGGGAGCGUGUGCGGGGUGAUCGUGAGCGGUACCGAGCCGAAGGUGACCGCGGUGGCGGUGGCGGGAUCCGUGACAGACGAGAUCUUUACGCAGACCGUGAUCGAGGCUUCAAAGAGCGCGACAUUAGGGAGCGAGAACGUGACCGACAUCGACGCCAUGAGCGACAGGAAGAGCGUGAGCGAGAGCGACGCCGGGAACGAGAACGUGAUCGUGAUUUCGAAGAUCGCCCCCCACGAGGCGGCUACGAUAGGGAGCGUGAAUACGAGCGAGAUCGCCGGAGACGGUAAAUGCGGUGCGAUCGGAGCAGAUAGUUUUAUAACCUUAAUUAACGUGUAUUUACGAGAAACAUCGAUCGAAAUACACUGUAAUC